AUGUCUGUCAAGACCCAAACUAAAGAUAAGCUCGAGGAACCUGUACAAGACUCGCUGGGCGAGUCCAGCCCUUCCAGCGCCACCGAGUCCCCCGUACCCGACUCACCGGACGCCGAUGCUGAAGCUGACGAAGCUGACGCUGACGACAAGAAGAAAAAACGGACUGUAAAAGGACGGGUUUUCCAGUGCACCGGGUUCCCUGGCUGUAAUAUGUCAUUCACUCGGUCCGAGCAUUUGGCCCGUCAUAAACGGAAACAUACCGGUGAACGUCCAUUCACCUGUCCCUACUGCCUGAAGAACUUUUCUCGGUUGGACAAUCUCCGCCAGCACAAGCAAACGGUACACGCGUACGAAAACUACCUUGCCACCAAGAAACCAGAGGACAAAGAUGAAGCGGCGCCGCCACCAGGGCAGCAGGCGCUGCAACCACCGCCGCAUCACGUGCAGCACCCUCAGCACCAUGUCCAGCACCACAUCCAACACCACGUCCAGCACCACGUCCAGCACCACCCGUCACACCACGUGCAGCAGCACGUCCAACAUCAUCUCCCGGUCCAGCACCCGACGCUGUACCCACACCACCAACCCGUCCACUACUACAGCCCCGGUACCCCCAACCACCCGUCACUCGCGUCGCCGCCCAACUCCAACUCGCCACACCACAACUACCCCCAUUUCCAGUACCAGGGAGCAGGCGCCCCGCCGCCGUUCCACGCGCAGUCGCACUCGCGGCCCCCGGCCCUGGGCCCCGACGUCAACACCAUCAGCUCCAACGAGGAAGAGCCUCCGUCCAAUGCCAGUGGUAACAGUGGUGGUGGUCUUAGGCUCCCGUCGCAUCAGUUUAAACCCAAACGCAGACCUCGACCGCUUUCCUUACAGCACUCGUUUGUGCUAAACUCGGAUAAACUCUCCUCCAUGCUGUCGUUGUCAUCGAGCGGAUCCCUGACGUUAAAUACACCCGUGUAUGACCGCAGCUACUUGGGUGGCGGACUGAUGAAGUCGGCGCCCCCGGUGCCAAUGUACUCGUUUAGCCAGCACAUGAAUGCUCCUCCCCUGCAACAACGGCUGUUUCCCUCAAAGACAAUGUUGCAGUAUAGUGGGCCGCGCCUGGCGUCGCUCGUGCUGCCGCUAUCGCCCCUCUACCACCACCAGCCUGGCCACCCGCUGCGGCUGCAGCCUCUCCAGGCCCAUCGGCCCCAGACAUUUCUGUUCCCACCGGGCAACCCCCCCACCAAUGGUACUGGCUCCCUCGUACUACCUCCGGUGCAGCAUAUACCUCACCCGCUGCUUCAUCGUAGUGCUCACUCUAUGAACAGCAUUCCUCAGGAUGAUGUUUCCACGGCGGGAACUACGCCCACCAGGGGCCUUGACAUUGCACCCAUAAAAGAUUCAACCAAAAGCUGGCUUAGGGGCGUGCUCAACGACGACGAUACGUCAAAAAAGCCCACCAUCACCAGCCUAUUGUCACCCGACAACGACAAGUUUCAGAAUGGAGAGGUUGAGAAGACGAAAGUUACCACUCAAGUAAAAGAAGAAGAUAACUGA